AAACAAAAACAGAAAUCGGAUGUAUGUACAUAAAUCCAGGGUCCAGGCAGGCUUCGAAGAACCAAGUUGCAUUCUUGCAAAAUGAGGCUAGGCCUAGGCUAGCCAAGUUCAGUACGGGUUGCAUUCAUUUAAUUAAAACUUACUUCUAAACCGUUUAGGAGGUCGCCUCUCCCUUGGCAUCAAGAAUUAUUCGAAAACUAUCGUUUUACUGUACUAUCGAUGAACUAGGCUACCUCACUAACACAGCUGAGGACUACAAUAUAGAUAGGCUAGGGCCAGGCCUAGCUGGGCGUUCGUGUGUGUUCCGUGCACUCGCUCUAGGCCUACACGCCCCUUUUUAGUAGUAAAAAACCUUCUAUACAGUAUAAUGGCCCAACACAAACGGAGUGGAACACUGGAUCGACUCAGUCAUGGUUCGGUCGACAUACAACUGCCAACUAAGGCCUACUCAAAUCACAAAAUUAUACAUUACUUAUAGAGGCCUAAGUAUUAUUAUUAUCAGCUCACUUCUUAUAAGUUACAUAUUCUUUAAAUGAAAUUGUAUUCAAAAAAUGUUUUCUUGAGAUAGGAAUACUCGAUUAGAGGCUAAAUUGUGCAAUAACCCUAAAAGUUAAUGGAAAAGUCCAAAACCUUGAAGGGGUCCGCACAUACCGUACUCGCGCGAAUAAGCGCCCGUUUGAAUAAGUAAGUGUUUAUUCAUUUUUUUAAACAAUAUCUUGUGAUUGAUGUUUUUUUUAGCAAACGAUAAUCUAACUAACCCGAGACUGUGGUUGGCAUGAUUUGAGCUGCGGAGUGGAUUAACAUUUUCUUUUUAUGUCAAUUUCAAAAAAUGAGGAUAUUUUAUCCUGGACAGAUGAGAGCUCCCCGUAGAGUAUCUUUCCAACUUUCCUCUUCUUACAUUACGGUCUACUUCUCUUUCUCUUUUCCCGACAAUUUGCACCUUUAGCACGUUUUCAUGUGAGUUUUGCAAGAAGCCCUGCAGUGAUCCUGCUAAUCUCAAUCGGCAGACCAUGGCCAACAAGCUUAUAGUUAUACACCACCACCACUCAUUUCAUCUGCUGUUGAAACUCACAGAAUUCUUGUUACGAGCCAUGCUCUCUAGACAAUUAUGUUUUCUGCACCAGAACCAUUCGUAAUCUUCGGUUUUCAGAUGUAGGCCUAUAUAUUUUUUUAAAUUCAAAUAUUGCCCAUUGGAUUUUCCAAGUUCUAGAAAAACCCCUCAAUUUUCAUAUUUCCUAAGCGCCCCCCAAUUUCCAUGGAUCCACUCUGUUUUCAUAAGCGCCCCGUUUGAAUAAGCGCCCCUCUGAAUUCGCGCGAGUACGGUAACUCCCGUUUCUGUUUCUAUAUAAAUUUAUUUUAUUUAUUUAUUUUUAAAAAUUUCAUUAGAACCCAACAGUGAACAAUGUCAACUUUUAAAGGAUUAAAUAAUAAAAUAUUUAUAGGGCAAUAUCCCACUAAAGCUAAGAAACACAAAAGAGGAUCAUACAAGUAAAACUCAUUCCUAAUAUUUCUAAAAUGACACAAAACAUCCAUGGAAACAGUCAUAAUCACAGAAUCAGUUGAAAAAUCAAUUCUCUACUAUAUGCCUAACUUAAGGCAGACAACUGAUAAAUCUAUUGAAUAUAGUCUGAUUAUAAUUAUUUAUAAUUAUAAUAAAAUAACAUGAAACAGAAACAGUUCAUGUACUGAGUACGUACGUACCCUCACAUUUCUGACAAAGGUUUUGGUGGUACGUCGUAGAAGUAUAGGCCUAGGCCUACCUAUUUCUAUUACAUUAUUUUAUUAUUUAGUGUUCAAAGUUUAUAGGCCUAUUACAAAAAUGUGUAUGAUAGGCCUACCCCUAGUACUAAUUGCUUCCCCCACCCCAUCAGCUCCCGUAUUUAGAGACUCCUAAACGCCACUGCCUAUAAAAUACACAUCACACUCUCACUGCCUUUUUGCACCUCAUGGCCGUUGUUAUAAGAACCUUAUUGUACCGUGAUGCUUCCAAAGAGUAUUUAUAUUUUAUACCGUAAAUGCCUACAACUUCGAACGAAACAACAAUUCAAUGUCUAAUAAUAAAGAAUUAAUUACAAAAUGAUAAGAAAAUUUAUGAAAGCUGAAACCUGAUUGGUUGACUUGCCAAAAUUUUAGCAGAUUAAUUCAUAAAACCAAACAGAUUGUCUCAGAAUAAUCACCUUAUAGAGAGAGUGAAUUGAUUAAGGAACAGUCUCGAACGGGAGAUGCUCAUCAAUGACCAACAAUACAAGUUUCGUAUAGUACAAAUAACUAGUUUCUCAUUGUGGUUGAAGAAAUGGAACCAUUUCGGAAAAAAUCAGGCUAUAUUCUCAUAUCAUACGAUGAAUCCGAUGAACAGUGUGUUAGAAAAAUAUGGAUUCAUUUAUUGGAGCGUGGUUUUGCGGUCCGUGCCGACAUUGAUAUCUCUCAAGAGUUGAUAUUGGAUAGUUUGUCUGAUAGUGUUAAGAAUGCAUCUGUUGUUGUCGCAUAUUUAUCGAAAGGAUACAUGGCGAAUAAUGUCUGCAAAACUGUUUGCAGGUACAGUCGACUUUACAACAAACAGAUUGUAGCACUGAGCCUGUACACGGAUCUGACGUUUCAUGAAUGGGUUACUGAACUUCAGCGAUCCUAUCGGUCAAUGACUCUCAUUGAUAUCUCAAGACUUGGAACACUCCUUAAUGUGGUCGAAGAACUCGUUAAGAUCUUGCAGAAUCACGAUGACUUAACUAGAUUUACAGAGUCCUUACCAUUAGAUACAUUCCCAACAUCAAUAAGAGCUAAAACUAAUCGACAGUUACCAGACGAUGGAUUUCCAGAUGAAGAUGGAACUUCAUCGACAACACGAAAUCCAAUCAAGAACAGAAAACAAAGGAUUGCAUAUAGUACACCGACAGCAGAAGCAAUUGUGGUAACAGCAACCUCCCUUAGGAGCUCUUCUGUACAAGCAGGAACAGCAGUUGAGAAUCCUUCCAAAGGAUUUCAAUUAGCAACGAAGAGUCCUACACAAGAUCAAGUAGCUGCAUCUGACACUCAUCGAGAAAACGUAUCUUCACAGACAGGAGAAAUGACACGAUUCACAAAUGAAAUUGGUGAAGUUUUGUGUUUUGUUCGCACUUCUCCGAAUCAUCAUGUUACAAAAGUCAGUAAAUUAACCAGUGUAAUGAAAAUCGAAUUGGACGAUGACCAGGAACUCAUAAGUGAAGUUCUAAAGUUAGACCCUGAUGAUAAUGUAUGCAAGGAUUCUACAAUUACAUUUGGAAUACCUCUUCACGCUGGAUACCAACCAAUGGCGUCAAAGCAUCUUGUUGGAAAAUUGUCUAUGGACAGUGGCAGGACAUGGAAAACAAUUAAAUCGUCAAUAAAAACUUACCAGGGAAUAACUGUUUGUGAAUUACAAGGCAACCCAUUUGGAAUAUACGGAAUUAUCUCUGGUUUGGUGAAAGACUCUCAUACGAUUGGCCGAAACGGAGGCACAAUAAAAUUAACGACUGACCCCCAGGUGUGUUUGAGUUUCAAACAGAAUGAUUUACGGACUCCAGAAAAAGUGCAAAUCAUGGUUCGACCUGUCGAAAAAGCUGCCAAAAACCUGAACCAGUAUUCUGUUAUAUCCUGCAGUCCAUUCUUAGUUGUCGAAUUCGAAACAAAUCGUGCAACGGAUGUACCAGUGAAAAUCACACUACCUGUCAGACAAAUAUCAAAUGACAACACCACUGUGGAACCUCACUGCAACAAAAGUCACCGGCCAAGCACAGCUCCAAGUCGUCAUAACUUCCAAACUAAAUUAGAGCCACCAUCAUUCCAUGUGCUUUCCAAGUUACGGACAGGAACAUGGAAACAAGACAAGGUUGUUGAUGUUGAACGCCCGUUUAAUGAUACCGUCUCUUUUUCUACAAAAGGUCUUCAUAAAAGCAACAAAAUGGUCGUAUUUGAAUCAACGUCAACCGACCGACUUUCGGAAGUAGCUGACAUUCUGGAAAAUGCCUGCAAUAAACAGACUGUGAACAUCAUCUUAAACCACCACAAGGACAACGAUGAGAAUUUUAUAACACGAAUUGUCUCUAGUGAGAACUGUAAAAACACGCUUGUGGAACUUAGGGAAGAGAAUUACUGCGGGCCACCGUCUCCCAGUAAAGAUGUUCUGCUCAAAGAAGGUCAGCUGAUGAAGAUAACUACAGAAGGAAAUAUCAGAAUCAUGGGUAGAGAUAAAAUUACGUACCGAUUUUAUAAAAAUCUACGAGUUAAAGAGGAGUUUUUAGUAGAAGUUGUCGAUCCACUGAAAGAUAUCCAAAGGAGAUGCUACAUGGGGAAGUGCAUAUUUUCAGUAGAACAUUCGGAUAAGUCUGGAAAUUGUUCGAUUAAGCGUAAAGAACGUAGUACAGACAACACAUGGGAAGAACUGGUGGUAUUUGAUAUUUGCCUGAAGAAGUAUGAAACACACUUAACAAGAGAAGUGCAUCUAGACGAAACUCCUCAUGAUUUGUUGUCUGAAUCUGUCAUACAAGAACUAACUGACAAAUUAGGAGUGGAGUGGACACGGCUUGGAAUACAUCUUGGAUUAUCUAAUGCGCAAAUUCAAAGAUUAAAACUUGACUACAGUCACACAAGAGAAAGAAGCUUCCAGAUGUUAAUUCUUUGGUUACAUUCAACUUCUGGUAAACUGUCGAAGAUUCGGCAGUUAUCGCAUGCUUUGAUUAAGGAAGGGAGGUGUGACUUGUCGCAGUGGUUACAAAUGAAACUAGGAUGAAUUCCAACCUAAAAGUGUAGAAAAGAAUUUUGGAAGCUCAUGGUACAAUUAUGACUCGAUGAGGUAUUAUUCGAAAUAUCGGCAGGCACGAACUUGGCAUGCCUAACCUUUUUUUGUGCAAUUAAGAAAUCCAACGAACUAGGAGAUUUUUAAUAACAUACAGCAGGGACGAGGAGAAGAACAUACAUGCACAUCUAUUUCAAAAAGUAUAUUUGAAUCUAUAUAGAUACCAUCGUUUAACUUACUACUGACGUUUUUAGUCAAAUGUUAUCCAAUGGUCUAAAAUUAUGUAUUCGUAUCAUUUUUAAAACCUUUAUAUAGGCCUGUACAUGUUCUAUAAGCAUAUACGCAUAGCAUUGUUUGAUUGUGAUAUCCAAUCGUUUAUGUAUUGACAGAACAAGGUGAUAGGACAGAACGAACAUGUUUCAUAACCGCUUACUACUAGCAUUUUCCCUAAAAUACAUAGGCCUAAUACAUGUUUAAUUACAAAAUACUAUAACUAUAUCAGUAAUAUGUACAAUAUUUAUAAAUCAGAUUAUGCUUACCAGAACUGUGAAGUUUCUGAUUCUAAAAACGAACAUUUUUCACGCUAAAUUUGACUUUUCUCAGCAGUAUAGCUGGAAAAUCUUAUCUUUUCUAAUUUUGUUUUCUUCCAUUCUAUAAUCGUUUUUCCUAUCUUUUUGCACUGGAGUUUUCCGGCCGGCCCUUUGGUCACUUUCCAUGCCUGGAUCUUUUCCAAACUUUGUCCAAGCAUAAACAAUAAUAAUAACAGGGGUGUGUGUCUGGGGACCAUUUAAAGGGAAAACACUCUAUACUAGACAUUUUCAAACCGAAACAUCUGAUCUGAAUGAAACUUUUAGGAACUAUAACCAGGUUGCAUAGAAGAAAUUAGUACAUUUUGGGCCCAAACCUAUAGGCCUAUCUCAAACAACUUAUCAAUGGAUCUAAACGAAGCUUCCAGAGUCGCUCUCAAUCACUAAAUUACUAUGUAUCAACUAUGUACUAAAAAUGCACUGACCUACGUAGGGUCGGUGAGUCUCCAUAUCUCUCUCACUAUUACCAUAUUAUAGUUCGAGUCUCACUAACGUCGCGUUGUCUUUCAUGUUUUUUUUUUAACUUGAUAUCUUGUUAUUGGCUUUUCCAGUUUUAGCAGAAAUAGCCGUUGCUUUUGUUAUAAUUUCUUUUGUUUCUUUUAGCUUUUUUCCAUGUUUUUCAUAACGGCACCUUGGUCACUUUCCGUGUAUAAAUCUUCUUCAGGCAUUGUUCAGUCAAAGACCAUAUUAUAAAAAAUAAUGUGCAUAUCAAAAUAUGACUUCAUUCUACACACUUUGAAUAUUAUGUUCCACAUUGAAUUAUUUAUCAUAAAAAUCAUACAUUUGUGCUGCAAUUAACUCUGACUAAUCACUAACCAUAACAAAAAAGCUAUCGUAUUGUGCCAAUCGUGUAACAUAAUUCGAUCGUAAACAUUUAUAUGUAAAAUAAAGAG